AACGAGCCCUGGGCUUUCUCUUGGUGGAAGCUCGCGCAGGAGCAGGAGCCUCUCAGUCUCUGACUUUCACCGACUCCAAAAUGGAGGAAUCCACUAGUUGACGUUUUGCCUUUUUUUCUCCAUCUUCCGAUAAUCACCACCUCUCUGUGUGUUCAUCCCACACCGUCUCUAAAUAUCCGCCGCCUUAAAAACAUCUGUGCGCGUGAGAGAAACAUGAAGUUCAUCAUCGGUAUCGGAGGGGUGACUAACGGGGGUAAGACGACCCUGACUGACCGUCUGCGCCGCACCCUGCCCAACUGCUGUGUGGUGCAUCAGGACGACUUCUUCAAGCCCCAGGAUGAGAUCCGAGUCGGGGAGGAUGGCUUUAAGCAGUAUGAUGUGAUCACAGCUUUGGACAUGGACGCCAUGAUGAGCACCAUCUACGCCUGGCAGGAGAACCCGGUGAAGUUUGAGCGCUCUCACGGUGUGGAGAGCAUGCUGAAUCGCGAGAUCCUGCCUCGCUCUGGGGGGGGAGAGGGUGAGGAGGAGGGCGUGCACAUCCUCAUCGUGGAAGGGUUUCUGCUUUACACCUACAGGCCUCUGAUUGACGUGUUUGAUCAGCGGUUAUUUAUUUCCAUCCCGUAUGAAGAAUGCAAAAAGAGGAGGUGCUCGAGGAACUAUGCCGUGCCGGACCCUCCGGGUCUGUUCGAUGGUCAUGUUUGGCCGAUGUACGUCAAACACAAGAAUCAGAUGGAGGACAUGGGAGUGGAUGUCGAACAACUUGAUGGAACCCUUUCGAAGGAGCAGCUGUUUAACACCGUGUACGGAGACAUCAUCAAUAACAUCCAGAACCUAAUGAGGUCUGUUGAUCAGCACUAAGCCGCAAACAGGAAAGGAGGAAUAUAAAGCCAUCUCUGCCGCAGAAGUGUGUGUGUGUGUGUGUGUGGUCUCAGACUGGCUCUGCGUCGACUCUUAUACCUGCUUCAGCUCUUUUAUACCGUUGGUAAAAUAAUAUCCUCCAUAUUUAUUUGCUGUAAUAACAAAAAAGUGAGCUCCUGUUAGAUUCUCUGGAGAGUUACACUCCGUAUUAAAGACACCACUCCUACA